AUGGAAUUACCAAAGUUAAGUGGGGAAAUUAACACUGUGGGUGCUUCAUCCAAGAAGUCACAACAAACUGUGAAGUUACAAAGGUACACUAUCACACCAUUUUCUGGAGAUUAUAAGGAUUGGCUCCGUUUCUGGAACCAAUUCAGUGUGGAGGUCGAUGGGUCGACCUUGUCAGAGAUCAGCAAGGUUCACUACCUAUUGGAAUUAGUGAAGGACAAACCUAGAGAUGACAUUGUGGGUUUGCCACAUUCGAUUGAAGGUCACAAAGAAGCAAAGCGCACACUGCAAGAGAAUUGUGGAAAGGACAGCAAGGUUCACAGAGCGUUGAUAAAAGAUCUAGAAAGCCUCCAUACCAUUACAAGCAUCCACAAGCUGGAGUCCAUUCACGACUUCUAUAACAAAUUUUCUAGAAUUGUGAGAACACUAACCACUAUGGAUAAAUUGGCAUCAGCACAAUCAACCGUUUAAACUCUUAUGGACAAGCUAGGACCAGUUCGAGAAGUCUUAGUACAAAAGGAUGACGAUUGGGAAGAAUGGGAUCUUAAGCAACUUGUAGAUAACUUGAAGAAAUAUGUUGAUCGACACCCAUUGCGUGUGGAGGAGAAAGAAGUCAAGGUGAUAAACUCUUGUUUGGUAAUGGGGGAAGUGGAUACAGACGACCGAAAUGUAUUUAUUUUGAUUUCUCUGAGCAUUCUGCUGUAAAGUGUACAAAGGUUUUGAGUGUGGCUGAUCGUCGGGGCAUAAUGAGGCAAAAGAAAGCUUGCUUCAACUGUGCAUUACCAGGACAUCCUGCAUCAACAUGCCGUGCGCAAGGGUGCCACAAGUGUGGGCAGAAGCACCAUACCAGGCAAACAAGUGCGUCUCAUGAUUGAUACAGGAGCCAGCAGUUCGUAUAUCUGUACUGAUGUUAUUACCGAGUUAGGAUUACAGCCAGCCAGGAAGGAGAGACGUUGCAUUGAACAGAUGUAUGGAUCAAUGACCAAAGUCGUUGAGGUUUACAACGUAACUGUUAAAUCGACAAUCGGGAACGAAUUCAAAGUUGAUCUGGAGUGCAUCAACGCAGAGAAAUCUAUCCUGACCCAUUUACCAAAUCCAAACGUUGAGCAAGUGAAGAGGAAGCAACCACGCCUGCGUCGACUAAACAUUAGUGAAGAGAAGUCAACUGGAGACACCCUACCUGUUCAUAUCAUGCUGGGAGUUGCUGAUUUCCAACGCAUCAAGUCUAGUGAGUCACCAAUAUUGGGUAACCAACCAGAGAAGGAUCCAGGAGCAGAAUUUACAAUGUUGUGUUGGACACUGUAUGGAAGUGUUCGAACAAGUGACCAGUCAGACAAGCAGUUCCUUCUUAAUACUGGGCAAGAGGAGUUUGAGCGGUUAUGCAGUGGUGAUGUUCUUGGUGUGACUGACCCUGUGGACAUGUCAUCAUUGAACAUGAGGAAUUCAAGAAACAGCUUAUACAAAACCAAGAUGGAUUUUAUGAAACAAGAUUACCGUGGAAGGUUGGACACGUACCGUUGCCAGAGAACAAGAAUCAGUCAACAGCUAGACUGUACAGUGUUACACGGAAGCUCAAAAGGAUUGGAAAAUUGA